AACCUUGCAUAAUACCGCGAAACUUUGGAGACACAACAUCGUCAAAUUCUGUAGAAUAUGGCAUUUACUGACAACAGAAUACUGUGGUGGAUCGGCAUAGAAAUUCUCAUUUUAAUCACGUUUGCCGUUGGAGUCGUCGUGAGAGUGGCAGACGCAAAGUACAGCGACGAAGACAUUAUAAUUACGUUUUGUGUCCUGGCGAUUUGUUUAAUUUUGUUAAUGAUAACCGUGGCGUGCUACUUCAGAUCACUCAACAAUGAAACGGCAAAGGAAAGCAGUGCUGUCAAAGUGAACGUUCUCGAUCAAGGAAAAAUUUGGAUGAAAAUGAAACCUAUUCAUAAAGAUUUUGCAUCUGAUUGUGCCAUCUGUCUGCUUCCUAAGGACUCGGACACCCACUCUAUUGUUCAAAUCAGCUGCAAGCAUGAUUACCACAAUAAAUGUAUAGAGGAAUGUUUCCAUAAAAUGGGAAGCUUGCAGUGCCCCGAGUGUCGCCAGGAUGCUAAAGACUACCCACCCCCUACAGCUGUGUGACCCUGACCUAUAUAAUGAAGGAAUAUUUCAGACUCUACAAGCGGGAAAAGAACAUUUGUUUUACCCUCAGAAAACUGAAGGAAUAGGGUUGCCAGAAGCUCAAAGACGAGGAAUGAUCUCAACUUUUUUCUCUGUAAAAGAUUGCUGGAUUGUCUUUGGAGAUGUCCAAAAGGUUUUUGGAAGAGAGAAGUCCACGGCUGAAGGAUUUUAUGCAAAGAUGGAUGUUCAUUAAAACUGACUGGGAUUUUUAUAUAAAAAAGAAAAAAAAAGAAUAUGAAUAUGAAUAAACAUGAGCAGGGAUGGGAUAAUUGAAGUGUUAGUUAUUAAAGUUCUCAUAAUAAAGACCAAUAAUGCAGCAAUCUUAGCUCAUUUUGUGCAAUAUUUUUAUUUUUUUAUAUUUAUACCGGUACUUAAUCAAUACAUUUAUUAUAUCUUAUUGU